AUGAAAGAAAUGAAACAGGUCCAUGCCAAUGUCAUAAUAAAUGGCCUAUCUCAAAACCUCUACUUAAUGGGCAAGAUCAUUGGAUUUUGUGCAGUUUCUGCUCAUGGAUCAAUGGAUUAUGCUGUCACUGUUUUUGCCAAAACUGAGAACCCAGAUGGAUUCCUUUGGAACACAAUGAUUAGAGGGUUGGUGAGGACAAACCGAGCUGAUGAAACCGUCAAAUAUUACAAGAAAAUGCAAGAAAAUGGUGGGAUAGCAGAUAAUUUCACCUUCUCUUUCUUACUGAAAAUUUGUGGUCAAUUGGGUUCUGUAAAAUUAGGAAAGCAAAUGCAUUGUAGUGUUCUUAAGCAUGGGCUGGAGAAUCAUGUCCAUGUAAGUAAUACUCUGAUUCAUAUGUAUGGCAUGUUGAGGGUAAUUUCGACAGCCAAGGAACUGUUCGAUGAAAUGCCUGAACCAGGAAUAGUAGCCUGGAACACAGUCAUUGAUUGUCAUGUUUAUUGUGGAAAAUACAAAGAAGCGCUCGAAUUGUUCUUGAAAAUGUAUGGGAGUGGCAUAGCAUUUGAUGAGGCAACAUUGGUGGUUGUUUUAUCAGCAUGUUCUUCAUUGAGUGUGUUGGGUUUUGGUAAAUUGGUGCAUUCACUUGCUGAUAAUGCUGGCUUCAACGGGCUUGUUUUGGUUUGCAAUUCAUUGAUUGAUAUGCCAGUGGAAUUAUAUGAUGGAAGGGAGGAAAUUGAUGCAAGACAGGGGAAUUCUGAAACCAAAGCCUGGAAACAGUUUUGUUGGGCUCCUCCAAGAUUAAAACCUGGGCCGAGAGCUUAUUCCAAGACCCGAAAAAGAAAUUGGCCUCGAUUGGUGUUCUUCCGUGAUCUUACUGUGCACAUCCCCCAUAUAUGA